UGGCCCAGGCCAUGACGGAGGUGGAGGCCGUGCUCGGGUUGCUCGAGGCCGCGGGAGCGCUGAGCCCUGGCGAGCGGCGGCAGCUUGACGAGGAGGCGGGAGGCACCAAGGCGGAGCUGCUGCUCAAGCUGCUCCUGGCGAAGGAGCGGGACCACUUCCAGGACCUGCGGGCGGCGCUGGAGAAGACACAGCCUCACCUGCUGCCCAUUCUCUACCUGAACGGCGUAGUCGGGCCGCCGCAGCCCGCCGAGGGCGCGGGCUCCACCUACAGCGUCUUGUCCAUCAUGCCCUCAGACUCAGAAAGCAGCAGCUCCCUCAGCAGUGUGGGUACCACCGGGAAGGCUCCGUCCCCGCCACCCCUCCUCACUGACCGGCAGGUGAACGAGAAGGUGGAAAACCUCUCCAUUCAGUUGCGGCUGGUGACCCGAGAGAGGAAUGAACUACGGAAGCGCCUGGCCUUUGCGACUCAUGGGACGACCUUUGACAAGAGGCCCUACCACAGGCUGAAUCCUGACUACGAGAGGCUGAAGAUCCAGUGCGUGCGGGCCAUGUCUGACCUGCAGAGCCUGCAGAACCAGCACACCAAUGCCUUGAAGAGGUGUGAGGAGGUGGCGAAGGAGACCGACUUCUACCACACACUCCACAGCCGGCUCCUGAGUGACCAGACCCAGCUGAAGGAUGAUGUGGACAUGCUGAGGCGGGAGAAUGGGCAGCUGCUACGGGAACGUAACCUGCUGCAGCAGUCGUGGGAGGACAUGAAGCGGCUCCAUGAGGAGGACCAGAAGGAGAUCGGUGAUCUCCGGGCCCAGCAGCAGCAGGUGUUGAAGCACAACGGGUCAUCGGAAAUCCUCAACAAGCUGUAUGACACAGCCAUGGACAAGCUGGAGGUGGUUAAGAAGGACUAUGAUGCCCUGAGAAAGAGGUAUAGUGAGAAAGUUGCCAUCCACAACUCGGACCUGAGCCGCCUGGAGCAGCUGGAAGAAGAGAACCAGCGCCUGCUGAAGCAGACGGAGAUGCUGACCCAGCAGAGGGACACGGCUAUCCAGCUGCAGCACCAGUGUGCCCUCUCCCUGAGGAGAUUUGAGGCUAUCCACCAUGAGUUGAACAAGGCCACGGCCCAGAACAAGGACCUACAGUGGGAGAUGGAGCUACUGCAGUCAGAGCUGACAGAGCUGAGGACCACGCAGGCAAAAACUGCCAAGGAGUCGGAAAAGUACAAGGAGGAGCGGGAUGCAGUUUACAGCGAGUACAAGCUCAUCAUGAGCGAGCGCGACCAGGUUAUCUCUGAGCUUGACAAGCUGCAGACUGAGGUGGAGCUGGCCGAGUCCAAGCUCAAGAGCAGCACGUCUGAGAAGAAGGCAGCCAGCGAAGAGAUGGAGGCACUGCGACAGAUCAAAGACACAGUGACAAUGGACGCCGGGAGAGCCAACAAGGAGGCUGAAAUCCUUAGAAAGCAGUGCAAGGCUCUGUGCCAGGAGCUGAAGGAAGCCCUCCAGGAGGCGGAUGUGGCCAAGUGCCGGCGGGACUGGGCCUUCCAGGAGCGGGACAAAAUCGUAGCAGAGCGAGACAGCAUCCGGACACUCUGCGACAACCUGAGGCGGGAGCGGGACCGGGCAGUGAGCGAGCUGGCUGAGGCUCUGCGAAGCCUGGAUGACACUCGCAAGCAGAAGAAUGACGUCAGCCGGGAGCUUAAGGAGCUCAAGGAGCAGAUGGAAUCUCAGUUGGAAAAGGAGGCCCGGUUUCGGCAACUGAUGGCCCACAGCUCCCACGACUCUGCCAUUGAUACAGAUUCCAUGGAGUGGGAAACGGAAGUUGUAGAGUUUGAGAGGGAGACGGAGGACAUUGACUUGAAGGCACUGGGGUUCGAUAUGGCAGAAGGUGUGAAUGAGCCUUGUUUGCCGGGAGACUGCGGCAUAUUUGUCACUAAGGUGGACAAAGGAAGCAUUGCAGACGGCCGUUUACGGGUCAAUGACUGGCUGCUGAGAAUCAACGAUGUGGACCUCAUCAACAAGGACAAGAAGCAGGCCAUCAAGGCUCUCCUCAAUGGGGAGGGGGCCAUCAACAUGGUCGUGCGGCGGAGGAAGUCCCUGGGUGGGAAGGUGGUCACACCCCUGCAUAUCAACCUGAGUGGACAGAAAGACAGUGGCAUCAGUCUGGAGAAUGGAGUGUAUGCUGCUGCCGUGGUGCCCGGAAGCCCGGCUGCCAAAGAGGGGUCCCUCGCCGUGGGAGACAGGAUUGUGGCGAUCAAUGGCAUUGCACUGGACAACAAAUCUCUGAAUGAGUGUGAAUCUCUGCUGCGUAGCUGCCAGGACUCCCUGACUCUCUCCCUCCUCAAGGUGUUCCCACAGAGCUCCUCAUGGAGUGGCCAGAACAUCUUUGAAAACAUCAAGGACUCUGAUAAGAUGUUGAGUUUCCGAGCCCAUGGCACGGAGGUCCACGCUCAGAAUAAACGUAACUUGAUGCAGCACAACAACUCCACGCAGACGGACAUCUUCUACGCAGAUAGGCUGGAGGACAGGAAGGAGCAGGGGCACCCAGGAGGCAGCAGCUCUUUCUUGCACAAGCCGUUCCCUGUGGCGCCUUUCCCAGUCUCCCCCCAGGCCUGUCCCAGCGCCUCUGAGCGUAGCCUGAGCUCCUUCCGUUCAGAUGGCUCUGGGGAGCGUGGCUAUGGACUGUUGGAUGUGCGUAGCCGGCGACCAUUGCUUCCCUUCGAGACUGAGGCAGGCCCCUGUGGGGCAACAGAGGCCCCUCUGGAUAAGGAUGAGCCCGAGAGCUCUAACAGUGGCGGGACCUGGCCCAAGGCUGUGCUCAGCUCCACCGCAGGGCCUGAGAAGCUCUCUGUUUACAAGAAGCCAAAGCAAAGAAAGUCUAUCUUUGACCCUAACACUUUCAAACGUCCCCAGACACCCCCCAAAAUAGACUACCUGCUCCCAGGCCCUGGCCCUGCUCAUUCCCCCCAGCCCUCCAAGAGGGCAGGGCCUCUGACACCCCCCAAACCUCCCAAGAGAAGUGACUCCAUUAAGUUCCAGCACAGGCUGGAAACCAGCUCUGAGUCAGAGGCUACUUUGGUGGGCAGCUCCCCAUCCACCAGCCCCCCGAGCGCCCUGCCCCCUGACGUGGACCCUGGGGAACCCAUGCAUGCCUCGCCCCCCCGCAAGGCUAGGGUCCGCAUUGCUUCCAGCUAUUACCCUGAAGCAGAUGGAGACUCCUCCUACCUGCCCGCCAAGAAGUCCUGUGAUGAGGACCUCACCUCCCAGAAGAUGGACGAGCUGGGUCAGAAACGCCGCCGGCCAAAGUCUGCCCCUAGCUUCCGGCCCAAGCUCACGCCGGUGGUGAUUCCUGCUCACUUCCAAGAGGAGCAGAAGUGUGUCCCGGCCAGUGGAGAUCUCUCCCCAGAGCUCCAGGAGUGGUCUCCUUACUCGCCGGGGCACUCCAGCCGGCACAGCAACCCCCCACUCUACCACAACAGGGCAUCUGUGGGCACUGUUCCCCGGAGUCUGGCCCCGAGCACCACUGUGAGCUCCAUCCUGAGGAACCCCAUCUACACCGUGCGUAGCCACAGGGUUGGCCCUUGCAGCUCUCCGCCUGUCCCCAGAGAGACUGGCCCUCAGAGUUUGCAUCCCAGUGUCCAGCACCAGGGGCGCCUGAGCCUAGACCUGAGCCAUAGGGCCUGCAGCGACUACUCUGAGAUGAGAGCCUCCCACGGAUCCAACUCACUGCCUUCCAGUGCCCGCCUUGGGUCUUCAAGCAACUUGCAGUUCAAGGCAGAACGCAUUAAAAUCCCAUCAACGCCAAGAUAUCCCCGUUCUAUCAUGGGCUCUGACAGAGGUUCGUUGUCGCAUUCUGAAUGCAGCACACCUCCACAGUCACCCCUCAACAUCGACACCUUCUCCUCUUGUAGCCAGUCCCAGACCUCAGCCUCCACGUUGCCUAGAAUUGCUGUCAACCCCGUGGCCCUCGGGGAACGGAGAAAGGACAGGCCUUACAUGGAAGAGCCACGCCAUGUUAAGCUGCAGAAGGGCUCAGAGCCCCUGGGCAUCUCCAUCGUGAGUGGAGAGAAGGGCGGUGUCUACGUCUCCAAGGUGACCGGGGGGAGCAUCGCUCACCAGGCUGGCCUUGAGUAUGGGGAUCAGUUACUUGAGUUCAAUGGCAUAAACUUGCGGAGCGCCACAGAGCAGCAGGCCCGGCUCAUCAUUGGGCAGCAGUGCGACACCAUCACCAUCCUGGCCCAGUACAAUCCACACAUGCACCAGCUCAGCAGCCACUCCCGGUCCAGCUCCCACUUGGACCCUGUUGGCACCCACUCCACUCUCCAGGGCAGUGGUGCCACCACCCCAGAGCAUCCCUCUGUCAUUGACCCACUGAUGGAGCAGGACGAGGGCCCCAGCACACCCCCCGCCAAGCAGAGCACCCCCAGCUCCAGGAUGGUGGGCGAUACCAACAAGAAGACCCCAGAGCCACGAGUCGUCUUCGUCAAAAAGUCCCAACUGGAGCUUGGAGUGCAUUUAUGUGGUGGGAACCUGCAUGGGGUAUUUGUGGCUGAGAUGGAGGAUGACAGUCCCGCCAAGGGCCCCGAUGGCCUCGUGCCGGGGGAUCUUAUCCUCGAGUAUGGUGGUCUGGACGUGCGCAGCAAGACAGUGGAGGAGGUCUAUGUGGAGAUGCUGAAGCCCAAGGAUGGUGUCCGCCUGAAGGUGCAGUACCGCCCAGAGGAGUUCACCAAAGUCAAGGGCCUGCCUGGAGACAGCUUCUACAUCAGGGCCCUGUAUGACCGGCUGGCAGAGGUGGAGCAUGAACUGAGCUUUAAGAAAGAUGACAUCCUCUAUGUUGAUGACACGUUGCCCCAGGGCACUUUUGGAUCUUGGAUGGCCUGGCAGUUGGAUGAGAAUGCCCAGAAGAUCCAGCGUGGCCAGAUCCCCAGCAAAUAUGUGAUGGACCAAGAAUUCUCCAGGAGGCUCAGCAUGUCCGAAGUCAGAGAUGACAACAAUGCUGCAAAGACACUGUCCGCAGCUGCACGCAGAUCUUUCUUUCGAAGGAAACAUAAGCACAAACGCAAUGGGUCCAAAGAUGGGAAAGACCUCCUUGCCUUGGACACCUUUUCCAGUGACUCCAUUCCACUCUUUGAAGAUUCGGUGAGCCUUGCCUAUCAGCGGGUCCAGAAAGUAGACUGCACCUCCCUGAGGCCUGUCCUGAUUCUGGGGCCUUUACUGGAUGUGGUGAAGGAAAUGCUGGUGAACGAGGCACCUGGCAAGUUCUGCAGGUGCCCCCUUGAGGUGAUGAAGGCUUCCCAGCAGGCCAUCGAGCGAGGUGUCAAAGACUGCCUGUUUGUCGACUAUAAGCGGAGGAGUGGCCAUUUUGAUGUGACCACAGUGGCUUCUAUAAAGGAGAUCACAGAAAAGAAUCGGCACUGUCUCCUGGACAUCGCUCCCCACGCCAUCGAGCGGCUGCACCAUAUGCACGUCUACCCUAUCGUCAUCUUCAUCCACUACAAGAGCGCUAAACACAUCAAAGAGCAGAGAGACCCCAUCUACCUGAAGGACAAGGUGACUCAGAGGCAUUCCAAAGAGCAGUUUGAGACGGCUCAGAAGAUUGAACAGGAGUACAGUAGGUACUUCACAGGAGUCGUCCAGGGUGGAGCCCUGCAGAGCAUUUGCACUCAGAUCUUGGCAAUGGUCAAUCAAGAACAAAGUAAAGUCCUGUGGAUUCCAGCCUGCCCACCGUAGAAGAAGGCUGUGCUGUGAAAUGACUGCAACUCAUCUGCCAGUGUCAAUACCUGGCUCAGCUCUUUAGUGACUAAAAAAAGAAGUCUGACUUUUCUGUAUGUAAACAUGAAGGGGAAGGAUCCAUGAACAAGGACUCCAGAAGCACCUCAUUUGAGACAGAGGGCCGCAGACGAAUGGGAUCUAGGCCCAGCCCAGCGGACUAUCUUCCUCUCACACGUGUGCUUUAAGACAAAACAAAAAAACACAGAAGACUUCGAUAAAGAGGUUCAACACCAACCUUUCUUUAGCCAGCUGAUCAGAGAUGCUGCAAAGAGAACCUUUCAGAUCACAAGUUUACAAGUGUUUUCUAAGUAUUUGGUUGUUUAUGUUUACUUGAACGGCCCCAUAUUGUCGGUGCCCAGCCCCUGCCCCUCUGUCGAGCCCUCUGUGUUGCUUUGGUGUUGGUUUCGUUCCCUUUUUCAGCAAAACAACUCUGGAACCUCAUUGGGGCUGCUUUGCUUUCGAAGGUUCUUGUUGGUGGGACCAGAGCUCUGACAAACUUUCUGCUCCUCGACGGCACCUCUCCUGGAAGGACAUUGCGACUGCAGAUGCUUAGACGUCUGUGGUGGCAGAACCAGUGCCUUUGUGGGAUGGACUCGCCAGCAGCAGUGUUUUCCCGCCUGCACCAGGGAAGGCGACUUUGGCAGUCUUACAAACUUGUCUCUCAGACUUUCCCUUCUGCCUUCUACAUCCUCUCAUUUCUUCUCCAUCUGCGUUUAUCAUUUCAGCACUGUCUGGUCUGUUGGAGCCUCAUGGGUUCACGAUGACACAACUAGUUCCAGACAAGGUGUUAAGCUAGGGCUGAUGCAUGCUAUCGGGUCCUCUUUAGGUUCUGUAAAUAGUGACAGCGCAGUGUUUUCAGGGUAGUUCUUAAACUCUGUGGAGUGGGACAGACACAUCGGCUGUUUGGGAUAUGAAAACAUUCGUGUUUCAGAUGUUGAAUUGAGAGUCUUUGGGGAAGCAUAAUGGUUAGUGUUGUCACUGUCAAAAAUCUAAAAAAGAGUGGGAUCUUUUAGUCUUGGCUAUAGCACUCACGGCAUGAACAGUACUCCAUGAGGAUGUCUUUGGGAGUUAUUUUUAUUUUUUAUUUUUAUUUUUUGCACUUCUGACGCUGGAUAUCUCUGGCUGAAGAUUUGAUGUGGUUCCUCCUUAAACUGUGCGUCCUGUUAAUAAUAGGUACUGUACCGGGCUCUGUGUAAGUGUCACUGAGGUAGGACCUAUAUUUUAAUACUGUUCCUAACAUUUCAUUUUACUAGCAAGAAAUCUUUGAAUUCAUUUUAUUCUUUGUAAUUCUAGACACUAGAUUGUAGUUUAGCCAUACUGACAUUUUUUAAAAAGGGAUAUAUUUUCUUGCACAGUUGUUCAAAAAGAGACAUGUUUCAGUCCUCAAUGCUGCCCUUUAUUUUACAGGUACAAGUUUUCUAGCUCAGACAACUAAGACAAACUGUAGGCUGUCUCAAGGUCUUACUCGCAUGCCCUCUGGGCUGUUUCUCUGAGUUGCAGACAGAGUGGGACUGUGAUGGUACAGUGUGCACAGGUACUGUUCUGACAGACUGGGAUUUUCUGUACUAAAACCUUACUUUGUAUCAAAAGUUAAACAGACUUUAGUACAAUAAAUAAAGGUCAAUUUCUGUAAUUCGUUGUGAUGAA